UCUGUCUUCGACGGUUGCCUAAAGUCGAGCUAAUCUGGUAAAAAUAUAGUCGAUAUAUUUGUCUUUGACCUGCUUCUCAUUUUUUUAAACCGUGCAGUAUAAAUACUGAAGUUUUCUGGACAAAAACUUCGGUUCACUAAACCAAUUGCAGCAGAUACCUUUAGUUAUUUCGCCAUCCACCUUGUGAAUGUUCGCCUGCGCCCGCCAUGAUGGAAAAGUCCUGUGCUUUUUGAACGUUGUAUUUUUAUUUAUUUGUUUUUCCCAAAACAUCUGUUUAGCUUUGAAUACUGUCUCGAUUCUAGUCAUAAGGCAUGUUUAUUUGAUCACAUGGAAAUAAAUACAAUUUUACUUAAGAUUGUUUAUUGUAGUCCUUUUCACUAGCUUUGUAAUGAUACCUCCCUUUCUUGAUUCGGACAAAGAAUAAGAAAGUUAUGACAAUUUAAACCCUCUCAUCCUUGUUUUGGGUCACAAAAAUUCUACAACUUUGCUGUUUAUUAGGGGGGGGGGAGAGACAGAAUUUGCACAUUUAAAGUGGCAUAACUUUCUCAUUCUUUGACAACUUCAGCUGAGCUCAUUGUUCAGUCCUGCCGGUAGAUGGCGCAUCCAGACUGAUGGCAGUCUAAAGUAUUUCUACAGGCCCGAACAGCCCGCCAGGGGCCCGCUGGGGGUGAGGGCCUCCCAUUGGAAUGCGAGGUGUCAAAUGACCCACGUCACGUGAACGCAACCCGGACUGGAACGUGUAAUCACUGCUGUGGAAAUGAGAGAUUUGGGACUUUUUAUCCUUAACUCGAGUUAAAUAGUUCCACCAGAACAAAGUCCAUGCGAGUUUGGUUCUGAAGAUCUUUCUCACAAAAAGAAGACAAACAGCAGGACUAAUGCUGGAGUCUGAGCAGAACCGACCCCAGGCGGAACCAGCUCCGGGUCCCGGACCGGAGCAGAGAGGCGCCCCGCCGAACCCCAGAGCGGUCUGCCCCGCGUGUCGGCGUCUGUUCCGGGACCCCCGGAUCCUCCCCUGUCUGCACUCCUUCUGCUCCGACUGCAUCGCCGGCCUCGAGCCCUUCUCGGUGACCCGCCCGGACACCACCGCGGACCGUGUGACGGUGCUGUGUCCGGACUGCGACUCCGAGGUGGACCUCCCUCCGUCCGGACCGGGCGGGCUGAGCCCCGACCACCUGGCGCUGGACGAGGUCUUCCUGGAAGCUCUGGUGUCCGGCGGCCCGCUGGGCUGCGACCUCUGCGGCGAAGGGAGCUCGGUGAGCCGCUGCGAGGCGUGCAGCGUCGGCCUGUGCGAGUUCUGCUCGGAGGCCCACAGGCGUCAGAAGCGAACGGCGUCUCACUGUCUCGUUGGCCUGGAGGAGCUGAGGACUCGUGGUCGUCUGUGCCGCCCCGUUCUCUGCAGCCUCCACGCGGGACAGGAACUGGGCCUCUUCUGUCAGCCCUGCGACCUGCCGGUCUGCGUGGAGUGUGCCGCCACACUGCACCGGGACCACCGCUGUUGCCCCACACGCGAUGUCAUCGAUCGUCAUGGCGACCGCAUCCGAGAGCUGGUCAGCAGAAUCCUGAGGCCCCGCCUGGAGGGCCUGGAAGAGUCGCUGCAGAAGGUGGAAAACUGUCAGGAGGCCGUACAGGCCCGUGUGGAGGCAACAGCCAAUGAGAUUAGAGCAUUUGCAUGUGGCUACGCUAGUGCUGUGGAAGCCCACUGCUUGUCCCUGCUGCGCCACCUGGAGGAGAUCCGUGUCCAGCGCAGGAACCACCUCCACCUGCAGAGGGCGCAGCUGCAGCAGGCACUGGCGGAUGUCCGCGGCGCCGUGGAGUUCUCGGAGCGGCUCCUAGGCUGCGGGUCGGACGCAGAGAUCCUCAGCGCCAAAGGAGUGACGCUCAGGAGACUCAGCAGCCUGGCAGACAGGAGUCACAACGGCCUGCCUGCAGCUGUCGCCCCCGACGACGGCAGCAGCAUCUGUUUUCUGCCCCGGGAACCGGCUGGGGAGGUGGAGGGCUACCCGGUGGUGGGUGUGGUCAGCGCUAAGACGGUGGAUGUCAGCAGCUGCACGGUUGAAGGAACAGGUCUGUGGCAGGCCAGGGAGGGCGAGCAAGGCAGCUUCACCCUGGUGUGCCGAGACUCAGCCGGAGAGCGGAUGGCUCGAGGUGGAGAGCAUGUCGUCAUCAGCAUAGUCCACAAGGAGAAGAAAGGCUGCUCCAUGGCAGCGACUGUGACAGACAACAAAGAUGGAACGUACCAAGUUUCGUUCCGGCCUGAGAAGGCGGGGGCUUACUCUGUGUGGGUUUGUGUCAAAGCCCAGCAUGUCAAGGGUUCUCCGUUCGUUCUGGACGUGAGGAGGAGGUUCCGGCAGCACAGCGGGACGUUUCACUGCUGCUCCUUCUGCUCCAGCGGGGGCGCCAAAGAGGCUCGCUGUGGAUGUCCAGGCUCCAUGCCGGGGGGGUUCAAGGGCUGCGGCCACAGCCAUAAGGGGCACCCCGGGAAGCCCCACUGGUCUUGCUGUGGCAGCACCGUGGAGAAGUCUGAGUGUUUGCCCCAGUCCGUGCUGGAUGCAGUUUCUCCCGGCGGUCACCUCCAAACCGCGGAGCUGUGAUGGGAAAGGUUACCACACUGUGGGUGGGCGGGGCUUAUCCUGGAAGGGUCAAACAGAGGAGCUGAGGACUCUCCGUGUCCCUCAAACAUGCUAGCAUGUCUUUCUGCAGUGGUGGCAGGAACCUUCUGUGUUUACAUGUCCUCUGGUGCAUGCUGGGAAAAGGGUUUUUGGUUGAUGCUGUUGGCGAAUGACAGGAGGUCCCAAACUUAAAGUCUCCAUUGAUGAGUUUUGAAGGUUCGCUGGGAGUCCUGACGAUGGACCUGUGGGGGAAAGAGAGCAGCAGGAGCAAAAGGAAGGCAGAGGAGAAUGCCUUCAUCUUCAUCAGCUGACCCUCCUCACCCUCAGAGGCUCCUGGGGGGUAUUCCAGAAAGCAGGUUAUGCUAGCUCCCACAGUAAGUUUGAGGCUAAAACUGGACAGCCCUGAAAUUAAUCACCACCGCCAAUGUUAGCUUAGGGUUGUGAGGGGCUGUAAGGUAGCAGGAGAGAGUGUAAACAAAGGGAUUAUGGGAAAUGGGGGCAGGCUUACUCUGCGCCAUAAGUCUCCACAACUCAGGUGAAUUUUUAAUGAACUCCUGCUGCUCUGCAGAAACUAUGUCUUAAAAAAAACAACACAUACAUUUUGCCAAAAAAAUGACAUCAUAAUUAAAGACAACUGGAAACACUUAGAAAAUGGGUCCAACAAUCAUCGUAGUGGGACUUUAAAAGCAUUUGGACACCAAGUUCACCACUUUUUUGAUGCUAAAUAAAACGUUCCUAAAGGAAAAACCUGACAGCUCAUCAAAACUCUGCAGGACAUACUAGGGUACAAAAAUACCUGCUGAUCCACGGAUACUGGAUCCAGGACCGUUACCAACAGGAGGCCUGCAAAGAAACCAUAACAGGGAAUAGGAGGAAAAGUGAACCACUGAGACUGGAACAAUGGACAGACAUGGAGGAGAUCUGUUCUAUGGAGACAGUUCACUUGUGGUUGAAAACUGAAAAAGUUCAACUCCAAUGGAGGAAAUGGAAGCAAACACAUGCAGCUCAGAACUUAAAUGUUUGUUGUACCCCACUUGUUGAACUUUGUUUGGUUGUUAUUGUUUUUGUGUAUUUUUUUACUUGACUGUGGUAUCUUAUUUUAUAUGUUUGUAUUUUAGAAGAGCAAAAUGUAAAAUAAAGUUUUUCAAUCUGG